AUGGACACGAUCGUUAGUGGAAAAGAGCGGAUUGUUCGCCUGCAAGAAUGUGUCCAUCCCCGGUGUCCGGCAGGAGAUCAAAUAUACAACACGAGGAGGGACACAAAUGCAGCUACAAACUUCGCUCUAUCUGGAGCAUCGAUCGUUCUAUCUGCUCACCAUCGACCUCUUCCUCCUUUUCGUCAUGAUGCUAAUCACACAAGGUACAAUCUUGCAAACGAGCUCCUUUCAGUCGUGACACAAGAACCGGUUCCCCGCGACUCCAUUCGAGAUGAAUGA